CUGUCUUCACUUCUGCUUUCCCAACAAACACUUUCCCGUUUCCACAGAACCAGGAGCAUCGCAGAAAAGGAGCUCUGCUUUGCCUGCUGCGCUGGGGAAAGCCAAUACACCGCGCCAAAAGGAAAUCAACAUUGGAAAGAAGGCAUAAGACCCCCACUAGUCGGAGAGAAGAUGGCUCAGUUUCUGGGUUCCGUUCGGGUGACACCUUACACUCUGGCCAAUUUCGCACAUUCCAGACUCCAAAUCCCACUCCACAACAACAGCUGUUCGCUUCCCGCCUCCAGAAUUGGGUUCUCUCCUUUCAGGAGGAUUCUUCGAGCUUGCCUUCAGACAAAUGCCGGUGGGAAUGUUGACACACAAUUUCCUUCGGACCAACCUGAGAUCAUAUUCAUGGGAACAGGAACUAGUGAAGGCAUUCCUCGUCUAAGUUGCCUGACUAAUCCUCUGAAGAAAUGUGAGGUUUGUUCAAAAGCCACAGAACCUGGUAAUAAAAAUAGGAGGCUUAACACAAGCAUUCUCAUUCGUCAUCCUGGGCCAGAUGGUACACGUAACAUUCUAAUAGAUGCUGGAAAGUUUUUCUACCAUAGUGCUCUUCAGUGGUUUCCUGCAUACGGGCUAAGAACAAUUGAUGCGGUUAUUAUUACUCAUUCUCAUGCUGAUGCCAUUGGAGGACUCGACGACCUCCGGGAUUGGACAAACAAUGUCCAGCCUCACAUUCCAAUAUAUGUUGCACCCCGUGAUUUUGAGGUAAUGAAGAAAACUCAUUACUAUUUGGUUGACACUAGUGUGGUUAUACCUGGCGCUGCAGUUUCAGAGUUGCAAUUCAACAUUAUAAAUGAGGAGCCAUUUACUGUUCAUGAUGUAAAGUUUACACCUCUGCCAGUCUGGCAUGGAAAAGCUUACCGUUCCCUUGGUUUUCGAUUUGGUAAUGUAUGUUACAUCAGUGAUGUCAGUGAUAUACCAGAUGAAACUUACCCACUUCUGGAGGAUUGCGACCUCCUGAUUAUGGAUGCCUUGAGGCCCGAUCGGUCAUCCUCUACACACUUUGGACUACCAAGGGCAUUAGAUGAAGUACGCAAAAUCAAACCGAAGAGAACUCUGUUCACUGGUAUGAUGCACCUAAUGGAUCACGAGAAGGUCAGUGAAUACCUUACGAAGUUGAUGGAGACGGAAGGAAUCGAUGUACAGUUGAGCUACGAUGGGUUGCGCCUACCAGUAACGCUCUGACUUCUCCCUUAGCAGUCUCUAGCUACUUCCUCUCUCAUUCUUUUUCUCAACAGAGAAACUGCAGAAAAAGUCACAAAGGUCUGAACUUUAACCGUUAAAUUGCUUUUGCAUGAGCUCAGACAUUGCAUCAGAAUGAUCUUUGAUGAGUUCAUGCGAUAUGAUAGGGGAUACAUUGCACAGGAAGAAUAAGUGAGUCCCCAGCUCCAAAGAUUGGGUUUUUAGGUUACCUCCUUGGUCAGUUUAAGUGUGUGCUUCAGCUCACACUGGAAAAAUAGUUGUGGGUUACCUGUUGUGGUCAAUUUCUUAUCAAAAUAUCGAAGUCACGGACUUUGGCGAGAGAGCUGAAGCAAGCAAAU